GACUCGCUUUCUACCGACAGAAAGUAUGAGAUGAGCAUGCGGCAGCAGCCCCUCCAGGCGAGAAUGUGUAGCGCUGGCGAAAAGGCCGACCGGAGACCUAUCGACCCACCACCAAUCGUCCAGCUCAAAGUGACCGAUACGAACGGUGAAGACGUCACUGAUACUGUAGACCCCUACUACUUCCUCUACGCCACGCUCGUCGGGAGCGACGAAGCGCAGACCGAGCUACACGUCAUCGAAGAUGGCAAGACCCGCCUUUUGACCGGAACGCCCGUCUCGAGCCUGUACUACCUCAAGGACGUGAACCACCGGGAUGCGGCGUUUUUCGUGUUCCCAGAUUUGGGCGUGAGGAAGGAGGGACAGUACAAGUUGAAAUUGACAUUGUUCGAGAUCGUCGAUCAGGAGGUGUUCUACUGCGCGACUUCUUUUACCGAUACGUUUACGGUCUUGUCAGCUAAGAAGUUCCCGGGGAUGCAGCGAGCUACAGACUUGUCGAAGACGUUCGCGGAUCAGGGUCUCAAGAUCCGAGUACGCAAGGAGACGAAG